AUGACAUUGGCUAUAGUCGGGUGCACCCGCUCGUGGAAUAGUAAGGAUGGGUUUGUGGUCAUAGCCGACAAUAUGAUGAAUUUGGAGCUACUGUUCGAGGCCUGGCGUAUAUCGGGCAACAAAACCCUAUACGAUAUGGCAGUUUCGCAUACAAACCGCACUAUAAUAGAGCACUUGAGGAAAGACUACUCUUACUAUCAAGUGAUCAAAUACAACGAGACCACC